AUGGCCGGCAACAUACUUUACGGUAGUAAUUCACUCGGGCCAGGGCAAUCCCUGGCCUAUGGGAGCUUCAAGCUUGUUAUGCAGGAGGACUGCAACUUGAAUAACAACGAGCCAAAGCCGUGUGGGCUACCAACCAAAGCAGGGGGGCAAGGCAACUACGUUUUCAUCCUUCAGAAAGAUCGCAACCUCGCCGUGUAUGGCCCGGUAACAUGGCAGACCAAAACUAGCUUGGCAGGCUCUGAUGGUCUCCUCAUUGACAGUAAUGACACCAUCUUUGGUGCUCUGCCUGCUAAUAAAAACACCGAAGAAGCCAAGGCUACAAGGAUUUCCAUGGUCGUCAAUAAGUGA